CUGGUUUGAUAACAACUGCAUAGAAAGCACAAAAUAAAACAGAACUAUGAGGGAAAACAAACCACUCGACAUUUUAAAAUAUUGACCGAGCAAAUUCUACUGCAGAUAUCAUUUCAGGUUCAGGCAACAAACGCAUUGGCAGCUGGAGCCGGAAUGGCUCAAACUCUCGGGUCCACAGUAUAUGUUUCGAUGAAAGCCAUAAACGUAUCAGAAAAUGAACCAUUCUACCCAUUCAUUAUUAUUAAUUUGGUCGGACUUUUGGUGUUUGUGGUCCUACUAACUCCGCCUGAGAAAGAUGACAAUAUAGAAGACCUUUGGUCUAUGGAUCAAGAACUUGAAAUUGUUCCUCUGAUUGUAGGCAGUGGGGCCAUUGAAAAACCACAAAGCCAGCCAACGAACACAUCCAGCAGUCCAAAAAGCAGGAAACGAAAUAUGCAUCUGAGCCUUUGCAAAAAGGCUGAUAUGUUUGCAAAUAACACUUCCCUUGCGGACGAUAUAUGCGAAGCUGUACGAUCCCUGGCAGAUAUCCUCAUUUACCUCGUUUUGUUCUACUUCCUCGAGUACUACACAAAUUUAGGCCUCUUAGAGCACGCCACCGUACGCAACUUUCAUCUUUCCACUUCAGAGCAGUACAGAUGGUAUAUGUUUGCUUAUCACAUCACACAGACCAUUUGCAGAUCAAUUCCACUUCCUGACUGCUUGGAAUCUAAGCUUGGAAUCAUUACACUAGGACAGGCAGUUAUUACAGCCGUAGUUUUCUCACAUGCACUUUUCGACUACAUUCCUAGAAUUGAGAUUAUGACGAUGGUGGUUAUUUUGGAAGGCAUUCUAGGAUCCGUUGCGUACUUGAUUGGCCUUAGACAUGCCCGUAGCUGUUCGGCCAAGGAAAGCGUGAAAAAAGCUGCAACUAUUAUGGUUUUGAGCGCAGAUGUAAUGGCUUUAGGCCUGGGCUCAAUGAUGGCGCUAAUAACACAUGGAACAUUCUGUCAUCGAAGAAUGCAAAAUAUAAUCAAAAGCGUCAAAAAACAUUCUCACGUGUCUUAUGUUCAAGGGCAUCAUUAGUAAAAAAAAUUCCUUUUG